UGUCGAAAGCAAAUGCUAAUGCAGAGAAAGCCCUAAACCGGUCGGAAAACGGGCCGACGACGGAAAAUGUCGACAUGGCAGAUUUUCUCCGACUCCGACAACGAUUUCCGGUGGGAGAUUUCAGAUGCACAGAGCUUAACCAAACCCGUAGAAGAAGCAAGCGGUGCUCCGAUCCAACCAUACGAUUCCACUUCUCGUCUCCCGUCCAUGGUGGAUCUGUUGCUUCAAGGAUGUUCGAAGAUUCUGGAGAAUGACGGUCCCUGUGUUGAGAGCCCUCCAAUGUUCCGGACUGGAUUCGGAAAAUCAGUUACAGUAAAACAGUCUUCAAUAGCAAAAGCGUUAUCUGUUCUUGGUGAUGACGAUUUCGGUGCUGGAGGCCAAGAUCAUGAUAGAGAUAACGGAUGUGGUUUCUCGAAUUCUCUUUUCCAGACUGGCUCAGGGAAAAUGGUCAAUAUUUCUUCUGCUGGUCUGGUCAGAGCCAAGACAUUGUUGGGGUUAGAAGAAAAUAGCAACCACCAUUCUUGUCAAGAACACAUCACAAAGCAGAAUGUGAUGGAUGGCUUAGAUGGUGGACAAAAUUCAUCUUGUUUAGAGAUGCAAGAAGAUUUGAACAGUAUAAAAAGCGAGGAUGCUAAACCAGUUCCAAGACCUUUUAGUACUAGCACUUCUUGGAGAACAGGAUCAAUAAAUGAGGCUGUUCCCCACCUUAAGCAGUCUGAAAUGUAUAAUCCUGCACCAAAUCCACCACCAAUCAAGUUUCAUACUGCAGGUGGAAGGUCGAUAUCAGUUUCUAGUGAUGCAUUGCAAAGAGCAAGGAGCCUCCUUGGUGACCCAGAAUUAGGAACUUCAUUAAAUGAAGGGGAUGAAGAUGAUAUGGUUUCUUCCUUUUUGAAAGGGAGUUUCCGGGAUGCUUCUUCAGACAAAGAAAAUGAUUCUGAUACUUCUCUUUCCCAUCAUGAAAAGGCAAAAAGUAAACAUACAUCAAAAAGUUUCAUAUCUCCCAUCCGUUUGUUUCCUAACCGGGUGCAGUCAUCAGUCAUGCCAGAGAAUACAUAUUCAGGGAGUAACUUGAUCAAGAAAUAUGCAGAUGACAGUAAAAUAACUUGUCCACAGGAGCCUUUAAGCAACAGGCUCUGUGCACCUCAUACAAUAAUAGACAAUUCUGUGGCAAAUGGUAAUUGUUCAAUAAAUAAGCCAUUAGGAAGGUCAUCAGGGGGCCCACUAGUUGAUGUUUCGAAUAGAAUUGGCACAUUGUUAACCAACAAGAAACAAACUAUUACCGAAAAAAGGAGACUUGGUAGAAGAAGUUCUAUCUCUCCAUUCAAGCGGCCACGCAGUUCCAAGUUCUGCCCCCCUUUGAAUAGCAAUGUGUCUUUUGUUCCCAAUGGCUUAUCUACUCUUGCAUCUGAAGAUACCUGUUGCAGAAAAAGAGUUUCCACUCGAUAUCCGUUUCAUGCUCCUAGAAUGUACAUCAAGGAAUACUUUGGAGUUCUUCCUUUCAAUAAGAAUGUGUUGGAGCAUUUGUCAGAUGAGGUAAGAUGGAUGAAUCCAGACAAUGCGGAAAAGUAUAUGUUCCCUGAUGAAUAUGGUUUAGGCUUCAUUGGGGUAGACGAUUUAUACCAGAGACUGGCUCAGUCUGGAGCUUCCAUGCAAUAUGCUUCUAAAGAGUGGAUUGCUAAUCAUUACAAGUGGAUCAUUUGGAAACUUGCUUGUUAUGAGAGAUUCUAUCCAGCUAAACAUAUGGGAAGAUUUUUGACAAUGUCUAACGUGCUUGAGGAAUUAAAAUAUAGAUAUGAGAGAGAAGUAAAUCAUGGCCACCGUUCUGCAAUUAAGAGAAUCCUGGAAGGAGAUGCAUCGCCUUCUACAAUGGUGGUGCUAUGCGUUUCUGCCAUUCAUUCAACCUGUGACAUGAAGAUUGGGACUCACUCUGUGUCAAUAAAUGGUUCUGAAAAUAGUAAUGCUGCAAAAGUGGAGCUAACUGAUGGGUGGUAUUCAAUAGAUGCUUUUUUGGAUGCAUUGCUGUCAAAGCAACUUUUUGCUGGAAAAUUGUUCAUAGGACAGAAACUUCGGAUCUGGGGAGCAGGAUUAUGUGGCUGGGUUGGGCCUGUUUCACCCCUUGAGACAUCAAAGACAGCUGGUUUGUUGGUGCACAUAAAUGGGACGUAUAGAGCUCAUUGGGCUGAUCGACUGGGAUUUUGUAAGGGUGUUGGUCCUCCCUUGGCAUUUCGAUGUAUCAAGAGUAAUGGUGGGCCAGUUCCUCAGACUUUAGUUCGAGUCACACGGAUAUACCCUAUUCUCUACAAGGAAAGGUUAAGUAAUGGGGGCUCUAUCGUCAGAUCUGUAAGGAUGGAGACCAAAAUGAUGCAACUGUACAACCAGAGGUGCUCUACUGUAGUAGAGGGUAUUAUCUCCGAGUUUCAGAGGGGCACUCGAGAUUCCUGUAUUAAUAAUGACAAUGAUAGUGAAGAAGGGGCAAAAAUAUUUGAGAUACUUGAGAGAGCUGCUGAACCAGAAGUCUUAAUGGCAGAGAUGACCUCGGAGCAGCUUGCUUCAUUCACCAGUUAUCAAGCAAAACUAGAGGCAAUCAGGCAGUCAGACCUGCAGAAAUCAAUUGAGAUGGCUCUGGAAGGUGCUGGCCUGAGCACAAGAGAGGUCACUCCAUUUAUGAGGGUGAGGGUGGUUGGGUUAACUUGUAAAAGUUAUGAAGGAAAAAUCCAUCAUAAAGAAGGCUUGAUAACUAUUUGGAACCCAACAGAGAAACAGCAGCAAUUUGAUCUGGUUGAGGGGCAGGCAUAUGCAGUAGCUGGACUGAUGCCACUUAACUCUGAUUCAGAGACCCUUUACUUACAAGCAAGAGGAUCUACUACCAAAUGGAAUCCUUUAUCUCCCUUGGCAAUUGAACAUUUUGAGCCAUUCUUGAAUCCACGAAAAUCAGUUUUAUUGUCAAAUUUGGGUGAAAUUCCUCUGUCCAGUGAAUUUGAUAUCGCUGCAUUGGUUGUAUACGUCGGUGAGGUUUAUACAGCUGCUCACCAAAAGAAGCAGUGGGUAUUUGUAACAGAUGGCUCUGUAUCUGAGUUAGGGUCUGAAGAAGCAUCUAAUUGUUUGCUUGCCAUCAGCUUCUGCUCACCAUCUGUAGAUGAUUCAUUUGUGCCGGUCAACUCUAACCUUGAGGGAUCCACAGUUGGCUUCGUCAAUCUCAUCAAGAGAGCAAAGGAUCAAAUGAAUCAACUCUGGGUAGCAGAAGCGACUGAAAAUUCAGACUAUUUCUUUAGUUUUGACCUGCCACACUGUUAUCACCUCAAGAAUGCUGCUGCCUCUGCUGAAAGAUGGGCAAAAAUAUCUAGCUUGACAAUUGAGAAGCUCAAGGAGAAGGUCUUAUUUAUUAUUGGUGAUUGUAAAGGCUAGGAUGUGGAGUGCGCUUAUCUAAACUGACUUAUGUUUUAUUCACCUGUACUGGAAUGGCUUGGUUGGUUGAGUGCGAGUUAAAAGACUCUAGAGCAUAUUGCCUGGGUGCUGCAGUGCAUCAUGAGUUUUCCUUCAAUUUAAAGCCAUUUUGUGGUUGACGCUUCCGGCCUCUUCUCCAGAACUCCAUUCUAUUGACAUCCUCUUUGCAGGCCUGGGCCUUAAAUACUUUCACCGACCUUCACUGGGCUGCUGUUGAUUUGUCAUGGUGGAAUCCAGGCAUAAUGAACUUGAACAUACAUUAAUGAUUUCAUAAAAGUCAAUUUUCAUUUAGAGAUUCCAGUGGAUACACUGUUUGAUUACCUACUUAGACACAAAAUAGUUUCAAUUUAGUCUUUCGAAUCUGUAACCGCAUUAUAGGAUUGGAUUUGUAAAUAUUUGUAAGCAAUUUGUUUUUGUUCUCUGUGUAACGGGUGGGUUAAGUACUGGAGUGCUGUUUUGGCUUAUGUUUACUCGCUGGAGGGGUGCCUAGGCCUGAGUGAAUAGUGGCAAUCGACUUGAACAAUUUGUACAAGGAACUGAUGAUUGCAUGAUUAUAUCCUAGGGUAUUUAUAUGUAUAAAUUAAGGAAAAAUGAUUAAUAUGUCCA